GCGCGCGCGUGGGUGCGCGCGCACACCCCUUGGUAGCCUCAAGGUCGCCAACACCCGGAGCGUCCCGGCCCCCGCCGCCCGCCUCGCUGCCGCCGGCCCCGCGCCCGGGCAGGCAGGAGGGAGUUCCCAGCUCCAGCGGGCGCCCUGUGCUUGGGUUCCGUGGGUGCCGCGGCGGGGACGGCCAGGCGGGAGCGGGGUUCCCCCGGGGUGGACCCGGCCGGCCGCGCCCCGCGCCCCGGGCUCCCCGGGAGGAUGAGGCGCGCGGCGCUUUGGCGGCCACGCGCUGUCGCCGACACUGGCUCCCGAGGGGCGGCUGGUGCGGGCCAGGGCUUCGGCUGGGUCUCCCGGUAAAGCUGCGGGAAUUCGCGGCCCCCGCUCCCGCGCGCUGCAACAAGGCCGCAUCUCCAGGCUGGAGGCAAGGACGCCCGCGAGUGGAGCAAGGUUCUUCAUGUUUUCCAGAAUGGAAGUCGGUGCUGAGGGGAGUUCCUGAGUGUCUGAUGCCGGACCGAGCUCCCUGCUGCUGAGGGUCCCCCGUCCUGUGUGUGUGACCUGUGCCGCGGCUGCCGCCCUGGCCGCUCCGCAGGCUGCCGGCUCUGUCUCCAGCGUCCAGGGAGCGCCCGCCUCGUGUCCAGUUGUACCUUGGGAGACAGCGAGGGGCGGCGUUCCGUCUACGCUUACGCAGAAGCUCACUGCUGCGGCCCCCUUCAUGGCAGCUCUCACUCCUUCCACGGUAGAGAGAGAAGAUAAAGAUUCUGUCUGGGAGAGCCGUGAAAGGAUGGGCUCCAGCGAGAAGAAGAGCGAACACAAGGGAUGGAGCGGGAUGUGAGCAACAGUGGAGCAAGAAGUUCUGGAAUGUUCCCUGGUCCAGCAGUUGGUGAGCAGCCAAUCAGAGGUGUUCUCGGCGUCAGGAAUGGGCACAGCCACGGCACGUGCAGAAGGUGAGGAGGAGGACGAGGACGAGGAGCCCACGAGGAGCUGGCGGCCCGCGGCCCGAGCAGCCCCAGACCCGCAAGCGAGCCGCCUGCCCACAGCCGGAGCAGCCCGCGGACCCAGCCCCUGCGGCCGCCGGUGACCCUGAGCGCCGACGUCGGGAGCUGGCGGCGGGGGGCGCCAGCCCCUCAUGUUCCGCAGCAGGCGCGCAUGUGAUGUCAUGCCCAUUGUUUUGGUGCGCCCAGCCAAUCGGACUCGCCGCCUGGAUUCUACCGGAGCCGGCAUGGGCCCUUCCUCGCACCAGCGGCAGGAGUCCCCGCUCCCGACCAUAACGCAUUGCGCAGGGUGCACCACCGCCUGGUCUCCCUGCAGCUUUAACAGCCCUGACAUGGAAACCCCAUUGCAGUUCCAGCGCGGCUUCUUCCCGGAGCAGCAGCCGCCGCCGCCGCGCUCCGCGCACCUGCACUGCCAGCAGCCGCCGCCGAGCCAGGACAAGCCGUGCGCGCCCUUCGCGCCGCUCCCGCACCCGCACCACCACCCGCACCUGGCGCACCCGCCGCCCGGCAGCGGCGGCAGCAGCCCAUGCCUCCGGCGCAACAGCUGCGCCUCCUCCGGGCCCGCGGCGGCGGCGGCGGCGGCGGCGGCGGCGGGGGCGGGGGAUAACCUGUCCCUGCUGCUCCGCGGCUCCUCGCCCGGCGGCGCCCUGCGGACCCGCACCUCCUCGCCGCUGUCGGGCUCGUCGUGCUGCUGCUGCUGCUCGUCGCGCCGGGGCAGCCAGCUCAGCGUGAGCGAGCUGACGCCGUCCAGCCAUGCCAGUGCGCGCCGGCAGCAGCCCGCGCCGCAGCCCGCGCCCGCCGCGCAGUCCCCUCUGUGCCUCCGCCUGCAGCUCGCCGCCAGCCCCACGGGCAGCCUGGGCAGCCUGGGCUCCGGGCCGCCGCUCGCGCACCACCACCACCACCACCACCACCAGCACCCCGCGCCCCACCAGCACCCCGCGCCCCAGGCGCGCCGCGAGAGCAACCCCUUCACCGAAAUAGCCAUGAGCAGCUGCAGGUACAACGGGGGCGUCAUGCGGCCGCUCAGCAACUUGAGCGCGUCCCGCCGGAACCUGCACGAGAUGGACUCGGAGGCGCAGCCCCUGCAGCCCCCCGCUCCCGGCGCCGGCGGCGCGUCCUCCCCGUGCGCCGCGGCCGCCGCCUCGUCGCCGGCGCCCGAGAUCGUGGUGUCCAAGCCCGAGCACAACAACUCCAACAACCUGGCGCUGUACGGGGCGGGCGGCGGCGGCGGCCCCAAGCCCAGCAAGAAGAAGAACCAGAACAUCGGCUACAAGCUGGGCCAUCGGCGCGCCCUGUUCGAGAAGCGCAAGCGGCUCAGCGACUACGCGCUCAUCUUCGGCAUGUUUGGCAUCGUGGUCAUGGUCAUCGAGACCGAGCUGUCCUGGGGCGCCUACGACAAGGCGUCGCUGUACUCCUUAGCUCUGAAAUGCCUUAUCAGUCUCUCCACCGUCAUCCUGCUCGGUCUGAUCAUCGUGUACCACGCCAGGGAAAUCCAGUUGUUCAUGGUGGACAACGGAGCAGAUGACUGGAGAAUAGCGAUGACCUACGAGCGCAUUUUCUUCAUCUGCUUGGAAAUACUGGUGUGUGCUAUCCACCCCAUCCCUGGGAACUACACGUUCACGUGGACGGCCCGGCUCGCCUUCUCCUACGCCCCCUCCACCACCACCGCCGACGUGGAUAUCAUUCUGUCCAUCCCGAUGUUUUUGAGACUCUACCUGAUUGCCAGAGUCAUGCUCCUGCAUAGCAAACUGUUCACCGACGCGUCGUCCAGAAGCAUCGGGGCCCUCAAUAAGAUAAACUUCAAUACUCGCUUUGUUAUGAAGACGUUGAUGACGAUAUGCCCAGGAACUGUGCUCCUGGUCUUUAGUAUCUCGCUGUGGAUAAUUGCCGCGUGGACGGUCCGUGCUUGUGAGAGGUACCACGACCAACAGGACGUCACGAGCAACUUCCUGGGAGCCAUGUGGCUGAUCUCCAUCACGUUCCUGUCCAUCGGCUACGGCGACAUGGUGCCCAACACGUACUGCGGGAAAGGCGUGUGUCUGCUCACAGGGAUCAUGGGUGCUGGCUGCACGGCCCUGGUGGUGGCCGUGGUGGCAAGGAAGCUAGAACUUACCAAAGCGGAGAAGCACGUGCACAACUUCAUGAUGGACACGCAGCUGACCAAGAGGGUAAAAAACGCAGCUGCCAAUGUACUCAGGGAAACGUGGCUAAUUUACAAAAACACAAAGCUCGUCAAAAAGAUCGAUCACGCGAAAGUAAGGAAGCAUCAACGAAAAUUCCUGCAAGCUAUUCACCAAUUAAGGAGUGUAAAAAUGGAGCAGAGGAAACUGAACGACCAAGCCAACACCUUGGUGGACCUGGCAAAGACCCAGAACAUCAUGUACGACAUGAUCUCCGACCUCAACGAGAGGAGCGAGGACUUCGAGAAGCGGAUCGUGACCCUGGAGACCAAACUCGAGACUCUGAUCGGCAGCAUCCAGGCCUUGCCGGGGCUCCUCAGCCAGACCCUGCGGCAGCAGCAGAGGGACUUCCUGGAGGCGCAGCUGGAGGCGCGCGACAAGCACGGGCCCUACGAGGCUGCCCGGUCCCGCUCCUCCUCCAGGAGGCGGCGGUCCUCCUCCACGGCGCCGCCCACUUCCUCCGAGAGCAGCUAGAAGAGAAUCAGUUACCCACAAAUAAGACUUUUUGCCAUCAUAUGGUCAAUAUUUUAGCUUUUAUUGUAAAGCCCUAUGGUUCUAAUCAGCGUUAUCCUGGUUCUGAUGUCAGAAUCCUGGGAACCUGAACACUAAGUUUUAGGCCAAAAUGAGUGAAAACUCUUUUUUCUUUCCGAUGCACAGGGAAUGCACUUAUUACUGCUGUCUAGAUUGUUCCUCCUGUAAUUUCACUAACUUUUUAUUCAUGCACUUCAAACAAACUUUACUACUACAUUAUAUGAUAUAUAAUUAAAAAAAGUUAAUUUCUGCA